CCACUUGCCCAGAGUGUGGCUGAGCAGGAAUACAGAUCAAGUGUCUGAUUCUUGAGCCUGGAGAAGUUCCUGGGAGUCAUUUGUAGUCCUAGAAGGCUUGUAGGGUCCAGUCCUCCAUGAGGAGCCCAGACAUGGAGUCAUUCAAGCAACAGAAGGUAGAGGACUUUUAUGACAUCGGCGAGGAGCUGGGCAGUGGCCAGUUUGCCAUCGUGAAGAAGUGCCAGGAGAAGAGCACAGGGCUCGAGUUCGCAGCCAAGUUCAUCAAGAAGCGGCAGACCCGGGCCAGCCGGCGGGGUGUGUGCCGGGAGGAGAUUGAGCGGGAGGUGAGCAUCCUGCGGCAGGUGCUGCACCCCAACAUCAUCACGCUGCACGAUGUCUACGAGAACCGCACCGAUGUGGUGCUCAUCCUUGAGCUGGUGUCUGGAGGAGAGCUCUUCGAUUUCCUGGCCCAGAAAGAGUCACUGAGCGAAGAGGAGGCCACCAGCUUCAUUAAACAGAUCCUGGAUGGGGUGAACUACCUACACACAAAGAAAAUCGCUCACUUUGAUCUCAAGCCAGAAAACAUUAUGUUGUUAGACAAGAAUAUUCCCAUUCCACACAUCAAGCUGAUUGACUUUGGCCUGGCUCACGAAAUAGAAGAUGGAGUUGAAUUUAAGCACAUUUUUGGGACACCAGAAUUUGUUGCUCCAGAAAUCGUGAACUACGAGCCCCUGGGGCUAGAGGCUGACAUGUGGAGCAUCGGGGUCAUCACUUACAUCCUCCUAAGCGGAGCAUCCCCUUUCCUGGGAGACACGAAGCAGGAAACCCUGGCAAACAUCACAGCCGUGAGUUACGACUUUGACGAGGAAUUCUUCAGCCAGACUAGCGAGCUGGCCAAGGACUUCAUUCAGAAGCUUCUGGUUAAAGAGACCCGAAAACGGCUCACAAUCCAAGAGGCUCUCAGACACCCCUGGAUCACGUCAAAAGGAGAAGCCAGAGCCCCUGGGCAGCGGAAGACGCAGACCGCCCAGCUGAAGACCAAGCGCCUGAGAGAGUACACCCUCAAAUGCCACUCCAGCAUGCCCCCCAACAACACCUACGUCAACUUCGAGCGCUUUGCCCACGUGGUAGAGGACAUAGCUCGGGUGGACCAGGGAUGUCGCGCCCUAGCAGGGGCCCAUGACACCCUCCAGGAUGAUGUGUCAGCCCUGCUGUCCAUCUACAAUGAGAAGGAGGCUUGGUACCGAGAGGAGAAUGAGAGCGCCCGGCACAACGUGUCCCAGCUCAAGUACGAGUUCCGCAAGGUGGCAUCCUUGAAGAAGCUCCUUCGAGAAGACAUCCGGGCCACGGAGUCCAGCCUGGGCACCGUGUCCAGGAAAAUGGACCGUCUGCAGGCACAGUUCGAGGCUCUGAGGCGGGAGCUCUCGGCAGAUCUGCAGUGGGUGCAGGAACUGGUGGGCAGCUUCCAGCUGGAGAGUGGAGACGCAGCUGGCCUAGGCGCUGUGCUCCACUGGGACCCCAGCGAGUCCCUGUCAGAGCUGCUCAGCAGGUCGCGCGCUGAGGAAAUCCUGUGCAGCCUAAAGCUCUGAGCGCCUUGCCCUGUCAGUAACGUGUGCAGGAUGGUUUGCCAAGUGCACUCUCAUCCGCACCAGCUACAAUCGUCCUUCAGGGCAUGGGUCUGCAGCGCAGCCUACCCCUCCCCAGAAGCCACGUCACUCUGCACCUCCUCUUGCCAGCCUGCUUUUCUGAGAAGUGCCGGCAGAGCAGCCAAGCUGUGAAAACAGUUAGAGAUGAAUACCCCUCAGCAGCCCACUUCCCCAGAGGGGGGACAGAUGGCUGCCCCGGGGAGAUGCUUGCUAAUUGAUUUGUGAUGAUGCGCUGCUCCCCCCACAGACCGUAUGACUGCAUAUCUUGAGUAGUAGUUGAAUUAAGGAUAACAAAGUCAGCGUGGUGCUUUCCUGCUGCAGAAGUGGGGAUUUCAAAUGCAGAGAAAAUAAUACUGCCUUUCAUUUGAACUGACUUCUCACUUGGCAAGUCUUUGUGUCUGUGACCUCACUUCCUCCCCAGAGUGCUCUGAGCCAGGAAGGUGGGCAAUGAUAGGAUGAGGAUGAUGACUUCUGCCUCAGUGCGGAGGAGCUUGACUCGGAGAGGGAGAAUGACUCAGGAUCAUUCAUCGCCAGUAGAGACAGCUGAAACACAAACCCAGGGUGCCCGUCUCUCAGAGGAGUUCUGUGGGAGGACGUAGGAGGCUUAGCUGUAAAUAUUAAACUUUAGUGUUAAGGCUCAGAUCCCGGACACCAGGUAAGCAGCUGCAUGUGUUUGGCCAGGUGUGGAUGGAAAGCAAACACUUGCAGAGAUUGUCCCAGGAGCUGUGUCCCAGAUGGUGCCAUGUUCCUACCAGACCAACCUUCAUGACAGGAGGAAGGGGCAGCAUCUCCCUGUGCCCCAUCCUUUUCCCCCAACUCCUGUCUAAGCACUCCAACUUUGUGUUGAGAAUGAAGACCAAAAUGUGCUCAACAAAGAGAUUCCUUUUCAUAAGUGCUAGGCCAUUGGGCCCGGAAAGCCUAAGGAAUUCCAUGAGAGUUUUUGACAGGGGUGGACAUGAAGAUUGGGAAGGAUCAGGCUCUGUGGUCCCUUCACAACCCACAGCUUUGAGCAUCCCUCCCCGGGACUGUGUGAUUUCAUCCCCCUUUCCCUCGAGGAGGGAUGAGUCGGCAUUAAUCCUCGACAGAGCGUGGAAUAUAGACCCAGAAUUGAGCUAGAUGCUUGGGGUUGGCGGAAAAGACUAUAGAAUUUGGAGCUCUUCACAGCCUCACAAAACACCCCCCUGAGAAAUUUGAAUAGAAUGUUAUUCCCGGUUUAGAGAUAAGGAAACAGAGAGGCGAUGUGAUUUGGGCCUGAAUCACAUGAGUCACAAAGUGGGGGCCUUCUGGUGACGAGUCUGUGGCUCUUUCUGCUUCUCCCAAGUAUCCUCAGCUCCAGAAGUUUACCCUCUGUUGUGGAGGCAGACGAUACCCUGAAUCACCCAUCCCUUCACAAGUAAUUAUCAGGCGCCUACCAACUUAGAGACGCUGAGCUUGAGUCUGAGGAUAUGCCAGGUACCCAGCCUGAUUCCAGCCUUCACAGGGUUCUUAGUCCAGUGCAGGAGCCCAGCUUUGAUUAAGAAUCACAUGCAUGUAGCAUGCAGCUGCUCAGGUGCUAUGAGAGAGAAGCAAAGCCUGCAGCGGGAUUUGAUCUGGAAGGGCAGACGUCCUGGAAGCAGGCGACUGGGCCCUGCGAUCUGCUGAACAACAGGGCCAUCACCUCAGGGGACUGUGACCGGAGAGAAGCAUAGAAGGCUGGGCGUGCAAGGGCCGGGGAAAGCUGGAAGGGAGAGAGUAGGACUAUGGUGUAUCCAUGGCUGGAGAGGAGACAGGACCAGCGGGGCUUUGGCUAUGUUAAAGAGCUCUGCCCUUGACUCAGAGUCACGGGAAGCCACUGAGGGGACCUGGGCCCAGUGAGUGGCACGGCCUAGGAGUAGUUUCAGACAACAUAGGAAAUAUGGACCUCGUGAAACAUUUCCUUCACAAUCGGAUCUCCUUUUCUAUUAGUACGAUGGGUCAUUUCAAAUAGAUAUAAUAUUGUCUCAGGAUAUUUUACAUCAAAUAUAAGAAACCAUGAUCGAGGGCGGGGUAUUUAGCUCAGCAGUUCGAUGGCCUGCCUCACAAGCUCAAGGACCCAAGUUCAAUCCCCGGUACCAAAAAAAAAAAAGAAACCAUGAUCAUGAGGAGUGUCAUUACUUUAUACAUCAUUAAGAAAAACAAAGGCCAGUAUGGGAAGUCUAAGAGACCCCCCCCAAAAUAAACUGUGGCACCAUUGGUGAGUGGGUGAAUGAGAAAUAGAACCACUGUGCAGAAAGGGAGCAAGGAAUCAGUUGGGAUGACCCUAGGUCGGUGGACAGUCGCCCUGAGCGUGGGUGGCCUGGACUUCUAGUCCUCCUGCAGUUUUGCUUUUUGAAUGUGCAAUCAGUAUGACACUGAAGAACGUCAAGCUUUAAUGUCACACACACACACCCCACACACUUGCCGUCUGAGGCUGGUGGCCCCACAGGGCUGGCAGAAGCAGCACAUCAUCCCCUCCCUGACUUUCCUCCAGAUAGACAGUAAUGAUAAGACGACGCGGAUGCUUCCUGACCUCUGAGGCCCAAAAUGUGCAUCUAGACAUCACAGAAAGAUGGCAUAUUUGAAAGCCUUGAUUCCUCGAAUGGCCUUUACAGUCUCUUCAAAGACUUACCUGCCCUCUCAUGGGACAUCAUAUGCUGGCUUGAUAUAAACCACUGCAAAUAUUAAAGGUCCUUUGGCUGUGCCAACAGAGAUUGAGUUAUAUAGCCAGGUUUUCCUCCCAAGGUGGAGAGGCCACACACAGGGCAAAGUAACUUGUGAAGAUCAAAAUAAAUACAAUGAAAG